AUGGCUUCAAAAAUGCAAGAUUAUAUAGAGAAUAUCAUAAACACAUUUCCAGGAGGUGCAUCUGCUAAACAAUUCAAUCACUUUGCUCAAGUAGUUAAUGCAAAAAGAUUUCGUAAAUUCGAUUAUGGCGCAACAGAAAAUCUUAAUAAGUAUGGAACUGUAACGCCCCCAGAUUACUACUGGCAAAAUAUCACUGUGAAAAGUUAUGUAUAUUACGGACAAAAUGAUAUAUUAACAGUGCCAGAGGAUGUUAAAGGAACGGCCGGCAAUCUUAUAAAUUUGAUAGAAAUUUAUAAAGUUCCUGACUCAAAAUUUACACAUACAGACUUUCUUUGGGCGAGAAAUGCCGAAAGACUCAUUUAUACCAAAAUAAUUCAAGAUCUGCAAUCGAAUCAGUAA